ACAAAAAGCUUGCAGUAAUGGUGUUCAUACACGGUGGUGAUUUUCGGUCGGGUGCAGGCUCAAUAUACAACGGUAGUAUCCUAGCGAGUUUCGGUGAAGUUGUUGUCGUCACUGUAAAUUUUAGGCUUGGAAUAUUAGGUUUUUUGAGUUCAGGAAAUGAUGUAGCAAAGGGGAACUAUGGACUCCAAGACCAAAUUGCUGCCCUUCAAUGGAUACAGGAUAAUAUAUCCGCGUUCAAUGGAGACAAAAGUCGGGUGACAGUGGUUGGAGCUGGAUCUGGUGCUGCCAGCUCCGGGAUAUUGGCCUUGUCCAAUCGCACAAGUGGCCUUAUUCAUCGUGUGAUUGCACAAGGCGGCUCACCCUUAGUUCCCUGGGUAAUGUCUACUGAACCAUCGACCUAUUUCAAACGCGUUGCUGAACGUUUCGGCUGCCAGAAGAAGUCAGAUUCGGAGAUUAUCGAUCAACUCCGUAAAACUCCAAUAGAUGAGCUUUUACAGGCUGAGCAGAAGAUACGAGCACCGCUUUAUUUCAUCGCUUUCGGGCCCGUAGUUGACGGCGAUAUAAUUGCCGACAUGCCGAUAAAUCUGCUACGUGAUGUACAGAACAAAAUCAGCUUUAUGACGGGUUUCACCGAAGGCGAUGCUUAUGAAUUUGUGGAAGUGGAAACAGACAAUAAUGGCAAAAUACCGAAGAAGGAUUACGAGGAAGUCCUCCGGGGUUUCGUGCAAAACAACUACGGCAUGGACAUGAACUUCUGCACGGACAAAUUGUUUGAUCUUCUAUAUAUUUUCUCGUUUGCUUGUGUUUCAUUCAUAGGCUCCGUGUUUCUGGAUGAAGUGCAGUUCGUUGUGGGGGCGCCGUUACUUCUCGCGUCUGGUGGCUUUGGAGUAUACAUGUAUAAUUACACCAGGAAAGAGGCCCAAAUCAGUCUUUCAGUUAUGACAUACUGGUCAAAUUUCGCUAAAACAGGAAAUCCGAAUGACCCAAGAUCCCAAGAGUCUACGAGUCUUUAUAAUGAAUACCUGGGAAAAGAUCCAUACAUUGCGGGCGAUCCUUGGCCCGCAUACACAGUCGGUGGCCAACAGUUCCUACACAUCGGUCAAAAACGAAAAGAAAACGAUUUCUUUCGUCUGCACAAAGUUUCAUUUUGGGAACAUUACAUUCCGAAAGUGGAGCAAAUACUUUCCGGUGUUUGCUAUGAAGUAAUCGACGAUGGCGGCGACAUUACGCAAACUGCGAACCAACUGAUGACGUCACCACUUACAACGCGUACAAUUACUACGACGCAAACCAAUAACAAUAUUCAAAAACUUGCUCCUGGUGCAACGUUAAAUAGCGAUGGUGGUGGCGGUGCGCAAAUGAGUAUAGUUCUUAUUGUUGGCGCUGGUCUUCUUUUAUUGAAUUUUACAAUUUUAUUCGCAAUUUAUUAUAUACAUCAGUACAGAAAGAAAUACCGAGGGAACAUGGUUGUCAACAAUAACAACUAUAACGAUGCAAUGAUCGCAAGGGCUGUACGGAAAGACAGUACAUUUGAUGACGAUCGUCUGAUGACGCGUGUGGCGGCAGAAAGGCUAGCUAAUCACAGUCGUGGAAAUGGACUUAUUUCACCAAACACAAAAAUGCACGCAGAAAAAAAUGUAGAACAAAAUGAAUAUGAAAUGGACGUGUGACGGUGUAUAAAAUAUAAAUAUAUAAAUAAAGUAAUACAAAUACUUCAUUUGAUCCAAAGAUAUGAUGAGAGCGAGAUUUAUGAAAUUGUCCAAUUUUAACUCAUUAUUAGCAUGUAAGAUGGUUCACAAUCUAGACUAUGUUUCGACGCAUAAGCUUUUACACUAGUAAUUUAAUGAACAAUGCAUAUUUCUAAGUAUUUGUUUUUGUAUACUCAUUGUAAGAUAUAAGGCUUAUAAUAACUCCACGUCGAGUGUAAAAUAAAGGCUAUACGUCACAGCGAAAAGCAUACAAUGUACGGUACCCUCCAAUUAUUCGAGACCAAUUUUUCAAAUAACCAAAUAACAAUCUCCAAUAUAUUUGCAUUAAGCUAACCCUCUAUGUGGAGACCCCAAGAUUACCCUAAAUUUCCAGGUCCCAAAGGUGGUCUCAAAUUGAAGGGCGAACUGUUUUUCAUUUUAGUAAUUGAGACACUUGUUUAAAUUGUGAUUCAUUUUAUUUAUUGUAAAGUAGGCCUAUACGUUUAACUAACCCACAUUUAGUUAUCCCUCCGAGAAAACCGUAUAGUUUAAGUAAAAAUCUAAACUAAAUUGUUCAUAGAACUUGAGCGGAUGGGAACAUACGACACCGACAGUUCAUGCACCGCCACCAGUAGUGGUUAAGGCUACACCCCCGAAAAACAAUUCCUGUUAUUUUUCAAAUAAUU